AUGCCAUCUUUCUACAGACAACUUGUUCCUUAUGGUCCUCCAAGCUUUUUCGAAGAUACCGGUCUGCAGGAACCAGCUCAUCACUAUCAACAACCAACCAAGUAUUCUAAUCAAGAAAUUACGGAAAAGAAAAUUGCUUUAAUUGACUUUCGUCUAGAAAAACUAAUGUUAAUCAAAGUUGAAAAUCCAACAAGAGAACAACAAGAUCAAAUUCAAUAUUACUCCGAUAAGUUUCAAGAGGUGAAGAAUGUCUUGUUAUCUAUUGAUAGACAUUUUGUGGAAACUGUUCAAGAUUCGGAAGAUUUAGACGAAUUGCAACAAGUAAAAUUGGAAUUGUUAGAAUUUGAAAGAAAAACCUGUUGUGAAAUCGUUUAA